AUGGUGACAGGUGUGCGUAAUAAUGAGCAGCCUGGUGACCGAGAGCGCCAGGGAGAGAGUAUACCCGAACCUCCCCCUCGGGGCCGACCCUGGUCAGCCGAACCUCCCCCUCGGGGCCGACCCUGGUCAGCCGAACCUGUCCCUCGGGGCCGACCCUGGUCAGCCGAACCUGUCCCUCGGGCCGACCCUGGUCAGCCGAACCUGUCCCUAGGGGCCGACCCUGGUCAGUCGAACCUCCCCCUAGGGGCCGACCCUGGUCAGCCGAACCUCCCCCUCGGGGCCGACCCUGGUCAGCCGAACCUGUCCCUAGGGGCCGACCCUGGUCAGCCGAACCUCUCCCUCGGGGCCGACCCUGGUCAGCCGAACUUAUCCCUAGGGGCCGACCCUGGUCAGCCGAACCUGUCCCUCGGGGCCGACCCUGGUCAGCCGAACCUCCCCCUCGGGGCCGACCCUGGUCAGCCGAACCUGUCCCUAGGGGCCGACCCUGGUCAGCCGAACCUGUCCCUAGGGGCCGACCCUGGUCAGCCGAACCUCCCCCUCGGGGCCGACCCUGGUCAGCCGAACCUGUCCCUAGGGGCCGACCCUGGUCAGCCGAACUUAUCCCUAGGGGCCGACCCUGGUCAGCCGAACCUCCCCCUAGGGGCCGACCCUGGUCAGUCGAACCUCCCCCUAGGGGCCGACCCUGGUCAGCCGAACCUCCCCCUAGGGGCCGACCCUGGUCAGCCGAACCUCCCCCUAGGGGCCGACCCUGGUCAGCCGAACCUCCCCUAG